CCCAAACAAAAGAGAAACCCGUCGUCUUCGUCUCGUCUCGCCUUGUCCCCCACCUCUCUCCCACCCCCUCCCCACCUCACCACCAGCGAUGGCGACCGCCGAGCCCGGCCCAGGCCCGGGCCCGCACAAGCCCGCCUGCGCCGUCACCUUCGGCCGCUCCACCCUCCUCGGCCGCCACCUCGCCACCGCGCUCUCCGCCUGCGGCCGCUGGUCCACCGUCGCCGUCCUCGAUCCCUCCCCGCCGUCGGGGUCCUCCCACAGCCUCGCCGUCGACUUCUCCGACCCCGCUUCCCUCGCCCGCGCGCUCGCUGGGGUAGAGGCCGUUUUCCACGUGGACCCCACCUCGGCCACCGGCGACGGGGCCUUCCUCUCCCUGCACCGCCUCGCCGUGGAGGGCACGAGGCGGCUCCUCGACGCCUGCUGCGGAAGCGGCGUCGGGAGGGUGGUGUACACCGGCUCGGCCGACGUGGUGGUUGCCGGCGCUCGGGAUGUGGUCGACGCGGACGAGGACGCCUUGCCUUACCCUGACAAGUUUGGAAAUGCGGCGAUCGAGCUGAGGGCGCAGGUGGAGAUGAUGGUGCUGAGUGCGGAUGGGAAGAGCGGAAUGCGGACGUGCGUGUUGCGUCCGAGCAAUAUGUUUGGGCCCGGCGAUUCGAGCCUCGUGCGGUUUAUUGCUGGAUAUGCGAGGUCUCCCCUUGGCAAGUUUGCAGUAGGUAGUGGUGCUAAUAUGUGUGACUUCACCUAUGUGGAAAAUGUGGCCCAUGCCAAUAUUUGUGCUGAGCAAGCUUUAUGUAAAAAUCCAAGUUCUGUUGCUGGAAAGGCCUUCUUUGUUACCAAUGAUGAACCUAUUGAAACAUGGGAGUUUCUGUCUGGUUUAAUGGAAGCCAUGGGCUUUCAGAGGCCCAGGUUUAAUCUCCCUACCAAGAUUUUGUCAUCUGCGGCCUUGUUCUCCAACAUGAUGUAUCACAAGUUGGGUUUGCAAAUAUUAUCUUCCCCACUUCUCCACCCUGACACAGUAUGCUUCUUGUCACGCACAAGAACUCUCCGCAUUUCAAAAGCUAGAAGGCUACUUGGUUACUACCCAAUUGUAUCAUUAGAGGAUGGUAUCAUGAGAACUGUUGGAUCAUUAUCAGAACUACCAAAUAAUUUGGAUCUGUCGAGGAAACAAGGCCCAUAUGGAUCAUCAAAAGCAGAGAAGCUGCUAGGCAGUGGAAUAACUGCCGAUAUUCUCCUUUGGAGGGAUGAAAAGAAAACAUUUUCAUAUGUCACAGUAUUGUUUCUGCUGUUCUACUGGUUUCUGCUUUCCGACAGAACAUUUGUCUCAUCAGCUGCCAAGAUUCUUCUGGUGAUCUCACUGGCACUUUUCAUCCAUGGUGUGCUGCCUCCACAAGUGUUUGGUUUCACAGUUGAGAAAGUUACUUCUGAUUAUUUUGAAGUAUCACAAGAAACGUUGAGGAAUCCACUCAUGUGUUUAGCUUCUCUAUGGAAUGGGGGCAUUCAUAAAUUGAGGGUUCUAGCAGAAGGCGAUGACUGGAUUACCUUCUUAAAGGCAGUUGCAUUGUUGUACUGUGUGAAAGUAAUGUUGAACUUACAAUUCAGAAUGCUGAUGGGUCUUGUGCUGGCAUUCUUGUUCGUUGUUUUCAUUGUCUAUGAGCAAUGCGAGGAGGAAAUUGAUAGCUUAGUAACUUUUGCUUCUGUCAAAAUCAAAUCCCUAACGGGAAGACUGGUGCGAAACUUGCCAGAUGCGUUGAAAGCAUACAUAUCGUAGAGGCACCGCACCGGUGACCAUGACUGUAUGAGGCUUUGUGCAAUUCUCGAAGAUUAUUGCUCAAGCAAGUUUUGAAUUGGGGAAGCCUUGCUGGGUGCUGACUGCUUGAGGGAUCAUGAUGCAGCACAUUUCUCUCUCUCUCUUUCUGCUUCUGUAUCGAAAUUACCGUUCCAAGAUCGCUAAUAUGCACUUUGCUUCAGCUGCUUGCUUUGUAUAUGAGUGCGUUCGGGUGAUCGUUUGUGUUGCAAUAUGCUUUCAGAAGUGCAUAUUUUUGGUC